GUCACUGUUUCAUAUAUUACUCCUCUAUAUAAAGAUACAGGGGGUGAAAGAAACAGAUGCAAAGUCAUCGUGAAAGAAGAGAAGAAGACCACCUCGAAGAAUUAUAUGGCUCCUACAGUUCAAGAGAUCAACGUUAGCGCUACCAGCGGGUGUCGCCCCACCAAGGACUCCAUCAUCAGUCUCGACCAGUGAGUAUAUAGAUUUUUUAUAUACCUUCAAAACAACCAAUCUAGGGGAUCUAUACAUAAUCCUGUACAUAAAUGUUAUAUCAUUAAUUGAGAAAUUUUUCUUUGUGUUAGUGGCGACCCGACAAUGUUUGAGGACUUUUGGGCUAAGAAGGGAGAAGAGGCAACGGUCGUGAUCCCUGGAUGGCAAACGCUGAGCUACUUCUCGGAUGUUACCAACGUGUGUUGGUUUCUUGAGCGUGAUUUUGGUCAGGAGGUCCGUCGCCUGCACAAAUUGGUUGGCAAUGCUGUGACUGAGGACCGGUAUAUUGUCAUUGGCACUGGCUCGACGCAACUGUAUCAGGCUGCAGUUUUUGCGCUUUCUCCUCCUGAUGCCUCAGAGCCCAUGAGUGUUGUCUCUGCAGUGCCAUAUUAUUCGGGAUAUCCUAUGAAGACAGACUACCUCCGUUCAGGGCUAUUCCGAUGGGCGGGGGAUGCUCGUGCUUUCAAAGGAGAAUCCUACAUUGAGGUUGUAUGUUCUCCAAACAACCCCGACGGAUCCAUGAACAAGGCUGUUCUGAACUCUGAGACUGGAAAAACAAUCCACGAUUUAGCCUACUACUGGCCUCAGUACACGGCCAUCACUGAGCCCGCAGAUCAUGAUAUCAUGUUGUUUACUGUCUCAAAGAGCACUGGUCAUGCCGGUACCAGACUCGGGUGGGCUAUAGUGAAAGACCCAAAUAUCGCGAAAAAGAUGACCAAGUUCAUAGCGAUGAACACAAUUGGGGUGUCAAAGGAUUCUCAACUCAGAGCUGCAAAGAUCUUGAAAGUGAUUUCGGAUGGUUAUGAGCAUCCAAAUACCAAGUCAUCUAUGAGGCUGUUUGAUUUUGGGAGAGAUCGCCUUGCAAAGCGAUGGGAGAGGCUGAGAGAGGUUGUGAAAGCUACAAAAUUGUUUAGCUUGCCUGAGUAUCCAUUGGAGACUUGCAAAUUCACCAGGGAGAAAUUUGCGGCAUACCCCGCUUUUGCUUGGCUGAAAUGUGAGAAAGAAGAAAUUGAAGAUUGUGAGAGCUUUCUGAAGAAACUAAAGAUUCAGACUCGAGGUGGGAUGCAUUUCGGAGUAGACAUGAAGUAUGUGAGAGUCAGCAUGUUGGAUCGUGAGGAGACAUUUAAAUUGUUUAUUGAACGACUAGCAUCUCUUGCAUGAUGUAUUUCAAGUUACCCUUUCUGGAUAUUUUGAGAGAGAUUGCAUAGAUGAUAUGCUUUUUGGAGCAAAU